GGCAGGCUGUGCUUGUGCGGUUGUGCCUCCCCUGAACCCGUUAUUGUUUCUUCAUAAACUGCAGUAGACAUCUAGAAAAAAGAAAUUGUUUAGUAGACUGGUCCAGAAAUUAAUCCUGUGAUACAGAAAGAAAGUUUUAGGGCGGAAAUUAAAGAAAAGAGCAUUUGGGGGCUGGCUGUGCUUGUGCCUCCCCUUUGAUAGAGAAAGAGAAGUAUUUAUGCGAACUAACUGACCAAAAUAAAAAGACUUUUGCAGAUUGUAAAGUGUAGUUGGUGUUGUCCUUUGCAGCUUAUACAGAGAUGGAAAACAUGUAGGGAGUACAAUAUAGUUUCAAUUUUUCUUCUCUUUGUAAAGUGUAGUUGGUGUUGUCCUCUGCACUGUACUGAAGCUUGUGUUUAUACUUUGUACUCUGUAGUGUAGCUUGUGUUAUGCUCUUUACUGAACUAAAGCUUGUGCCACGAGCCCACGAGUAUAAAAAGUUUGAUUCUUGCUCCUCUUUGUAAUUAUACUUUCACUGCACUGAAGCUUGCGUCUGAUUGUAGGCAUGGUACUGAACCCAUAUAGUACUGAACUGAACUAUAGUAACAAGAGUAACUUGUGUUAAUGCUUGGAUCAGACGAUUUUAUUUGCACCAUGCUUUAGUUGCUUAUAAAUACUUUAUUUCUAGAUAUAUUUGAUUUUUUUGGCAAACACCAUUUUGAAAUACAGCACGCUAUUAGCACGCUAUAACUUGUGUAACAUUUGGAGAAGGGCCUCGCUAUAUUUUGUAGCGCGCUAUUUUUUUUCGUUGCUUUUGCUGCAUAAGAGAGGCCGAGGAAAAUUGGUAGUAGAAACUCGGUUCAAAAAAGGAUAGAAAAUGAAGCAAGAGCGUUGUGAGAGUGUGUGGUGCAACAGGGGAGGGUGUGUGUGUGUCGUAUGAAAUGUCAAUAACCUGAUCGGGCUGGCAGCCUCUUUCAUUCUGUUGACGCUGGUCAUGGCGAUACCCUGAAAAAUGAUGAAUUUUGGAUACUGUAGUACAGCCGCGUGUAUGUGAACUGUGAUGAUGGGAAAAUAUAAGAAAAGGCAGAUGGGGAUUACUGCAUUGUUUGUGUCCUGUUUUCUGUCGAUGCAGUGCAAGCGUCCAUCGCCGCAAACACAUGGGUGGUCAGUGGGACUCCCCAGACCAAGAUUCAUUGUCAGAAUCCAUGGCGCUGGCCGCGCCGCACCUUUUCCUGCUUCUUCUCGUCUGAGACGAGCACCAGCGAAAUCUUGGAUUCAUAAAUGGGAGAAGCACAUAAGGGAGAAGAAGAUGAUUGCAAGGAUCCAGAGGGAGCAAAUCAUUUGGAGGGAUAGAGUGCCACUGUUUGGUGUUUUUAUGCAUUUUUGUUUGCUUUCAACUGUGUUUGCACUAGCUGGGAAUAAGUGACUAGGCAAUAAGUGUAGAUGUAUGGAUAUGCUCUAAUGCUCCUGGUUUACUAUAAAUCUUCGAUUUGGAAUGAUGUGUAAUGCUGCUGGUUUAUUACAAAUCUGGGCUUGUUUUAGUUGUUAGAA